AUGCAGUUUUGGGCGCAUGCACACGAUCGGACUGGGUAUCUGACAUUUGGCCAUGCUGAAGACGGCUGUGCGCUGCAUCCUUAUCUGGCUAUGCGUGUCAAGCGUCGGCCACUCCAUCAUGGCUCCAGCACAGCUUCAGCUAUCAUUCAAAAUAGCACCUCCCACAGGGGAAAGGGCGACCCCGUAGUCCGCUAUUACGCAACCCUAGUCUAA